AGAACAUUCUACAGCCCGCCCAGGCUGUCGUGACAGCCCACUCCACCAAAUAAUAUCGCAAAGUCCAGCACGACAUUCACGCUGAAUUGGGGUACAUACACAACCAACCUCAAUCCUCGAACCACCUGCCUCCCUAUCUACCUAUAGCGAGGGAACGAGAAAGGCAGCAAAAAUGCCCCUGGACUACAGUAAAUGGGAUGCCCUCGAGCUCAGCGAUGAUUCGGACAUCGAGGUGCACCCCAAUGUGGACAAGCGGUCCUUCAUCCGUGCCAAGCAGAACCAGAUCCAUAUGGAGAGGGCGAGGCGCAAGCACGAGAUCGAGACGCUGAAGUACGAGCGCAUCAUCAACGAUGGCCUCAUGAAGCGCAUCAGCGCCCUGCUGGCCUCGCUCCAUUCUCAUGCCGCCGACACCCAGUCCCGCAACCCGGUCGAGGUCGCCUUCCAGGCCGUCAUGGAAAGCGCCAGGAGCCUGCGCGCCGAGGACGACAGGCUGCCACCCCGCCCGGCUGGCGUGCACUCCGAGGACAAGGACGAGGUGCCGACCUACUCCAAGAUGAUGGCCACGCUCCUGGACCAGAUCAACAAAGGCAUGGAGGAGCGCAAGGUCACGCAUGACGAGAGGUACGGCGCCAUAACCGCCGAGAUCGAGGAGCACCUGUCCAACGUCAAGAGCCUACAGGCCGAGCUGGAGAAGAAGCUGGCCCAGCUGGAGAAGGAGGAGAAGAGCAAGAUCACGAGCGAGAGUAUCCACACGGGCUUUGACAGCUCCCACGUCAACAAGGCGUCGACGCCGUCCGCGCCCGCCGCAGCAGGCUCGUCGUCGGCGGGUACCAAGCCGGAGCUGCUAAACCCCGACUUCGACACCUCGGCCGGUGGCGCCUUGGCGACCAAGAAGAGCGCGGCCACUAUUGGCGACGAUGAGGAGCUCGAGGCGUCCCCGGCAGGUCGCCAGUUCGCAGCCAUCAAGCCGGGCGAGUACAAGACGAGCAUGCAGUUCAUGACGGUGCACCCCGAGGUGCUAACGGAGCGGGAGACGGACGCGCUGCUAGUUAUGGCGUUCGACGCGCAGCUAUCCGGGCGCGAGGACGAGUCGCGGCGGUGCGUGCACCAGGCGCUCCUGCUGCAGUACUGCCGGGCGCUGGGCCGGGACGGAGUCCAGCUCUUCUUCAAGCGCAUCACCACCUCGGGCCACCAGGCACAAGAGGUGUUCUUGAAAGAUGUGCAGGAGACCUAUACCAAGAUCAAGGUCCGGACGGCCGAGAUCAACAAGCAGAGGGCAGCCGAGAAGGCCGAGGGUGGCGGUGGUGGCGUGGAGCAGAUCCAGCUGCAUGCCGUCGAGCCCGGCACGGUGCUCAGCUUCCGGGUCCCUGACAAGGAAAGCCAAGACCCGCAGGAGCAGGCGGCGUCAGCCAUCUUCGAGGCCUUUACGCCCGAGAUGAAGAAGGCGAUACAGAGCGGUAGCCUUGAUGAGGUCAACAAGGUUCUCGGAGAGCUGGACGUCACCGAGGCGGAGGAGCUUGUUGGCAAGUUCAAUAAGGCUGGUAUACUGAGCCUCGAGGAAGAGAUCAUCGACACCACGACCGAGGAAGGCAAGGCCGCGUUUGAAAAGAGAAAAGAGCAGCAAUCGACGCUCUCGGAUGAUCCCGAAUGACGAGAUUGGGCUGUUUAAUGUGCUGCCCGAGUUUAUGUGACUAUGAUUCCAUCCUCUACCUACCCAAAUACGAGGCAGAAAGGUGCUUUCGCCCCAGGCUUCACAAUGGGUCGCUUUCUUUACUUUCGGGACGCGCCCAAGAACUGUUUCGGUGCUACCCAAGCUGUGCUGGCCGUUAUGAAGAGAUUUUCUUUUCAUCGGGCUGUUUAUCGUCGGAUGCUCACGAGCUGGAUACCAGUCUGUUGAACAACCUACUAAGUCUUAUAAAAUGCAUACCGGCGCUCAAUGAUAACACUAUGGGUUUUAACUACCAGGUACUUAGUUACCCAUCUAAAUAUUUACGACACAUGCACACAUAUGUGAGCAGUAAAGGAUUCGGCAAAGUAAGCGCCCAAGCCAGCAGCAAGC